AUUUGCGUUGGCAAUCUGUAUUCCCGACGUGGCUUUCUCAUUUCAUUUUCCCUCUCGGGAAAAUAAAUUCCAAACCCUUGCUCUCUCUUUUCCAACCGAUUCCCAAUUUCUCAUUUCUCGGGUGCGAGGACUUCACGAGCAUGGACAUCUCUCUCAUCGCUGAGACGGUUAAUGUGGCCACCGCGCAAGGCCUAGUCUUCGCCAAAUCCAUUCUUCGUCGUCAUUGCCUCGCCUCCCACAACAACAACCUCUCAAUCUCUGCCGUGCUUUUCGCGGUCGGCGCUCUAGCUCCUCCGACGGUCAGAUCCCAUUACUCUCGAACUGGUGCCCGGACGUUCCUCCGAAAAAAAUGCCGCACGAGAAGGAGAUCCUUCAGCGGCGAGGACUCCGAGGACGGUGAAGACGACGGUUUUUUUGGCGACGGUGGAGAUGGUCCAUUCGGCGGAGGCGGUGGCGGUGGUGGCAGAGGGUGGAAUUUUGACGGAUUCGGAGGACUUAAUUGGGAUGGGUCGCCGUCACCGCCCUCUGACCCCGCUUUCGAUUUUGUUUACGAGGUCAUCUGCUGGAUUGCGCUCUCGAAUUGCGUGCACUUCGCGUUCAAGAGGAUCGUUCAGAUUCUGGCGGAUGGGAUUGGAGAUGCUGAGAGAGAGAAGGUGCCGAUGAGGUUGACAUCGGUUUGCUAAUACGGUACCGUUAUCUACUCAAUGCUCGGCAUACAAAUGAGGGAUUAUUCGGAAGUAGUUUCUGAAUUUGACUUGGGGGGAGGGGUGGCUUCUGAACUUUCUGAUAAGAUUUGUAUAUAUUGUAUAUAUUGCACAUAAUCUCAUUGACCUAUAAAUUGGUUAAUAAAAAUUGAUAUAAUUUAUUGGUA